AUUUAUUAGUCAAAGGCGCCUUAUUUCUCCUGUACGUUUCGGUGAAAUGGGUGGUGACCUUAAGUCAGAAGAUAUACUUGGCUUUAAACUUGAUAGAUGUAUUUCAGAUACCCUGAUAAAAAUAGGCGCUGGGUUAUUUGGAGGAAUCAUAUUUUCCGUAGUGCUUGCUAAAAGGCGUCCAUGGCCACUAAUCUUGGGUACAGGUUUUGGUCUUGGAAUGGGGGUUUCUAAUUGCAAUAAUGACUUUAAACAACCUCUUCCUCUAGUGUCUCACCGUGUAGUGAAACUAGAUGAAGUCCCAGACGAAGAGAAGAAAUCAUAACAUACUAAAAUAUUUCCAGUCCGUAUUCUUAACUUACUGUAUUUUUAGAAAUCCCUUGUGACUUGUAGAUUGAUGUGUGAAUAAACUUUAUUCUAUAA